AUGCUGGAUUCAGACCUACGCGCGCUUGCUCGGUACAGUCCCGGAAGCAGCGCAGUUCUGUAGGCUUCGGUCACCCUCCAUCUUGUGGAUACCGCAGCUACUGAAAAAAAAAACCCACACAUAAAAGGGUGACAGGUUUCCGUUUGGCGGGACUGGUGAGUGAGUAAACGAAAACAUGAGCACGCUGAACGUGAAAAAGCUCAAAGUAAACGAGCUGAAAGAGGAGUUGCAGCGUCGUGGCCUGGACACUCGGGGUCUGAAGGCGGAUUUAGCGGACAGGCUGCAGGCGGCGCUGGACGCCGAGGCUGCCGGAGCAGCAGCAGAAGAAGGAGGAGAAGGAGAGCAGGAAGCCCGAGAGGAGGAGGAGGAGGAGGCGGCGGCAGGGGAGUGCGGAGAAUUCGAUGACGAAGUGUCGGGCAACGGCGGAAGUGACGGCUGUCAGAACCAGGAACAGGAGGCAAACAGCGAGGAAGACAGUACCGAGAACGGUGAUGCUGGUUUCGGGUCUGCCGACUUCGCGUCGGACGACUCGGACCCACCGAAGCAAGACUUCGGGAAGCAGAUCCAACUAGGAAACGACGAGGAUCAGGAAGCCGGUUGGAGCGAUGGUGAGCCAGCGAAGAGCCAGGGCUCUCAGGAUCCUGAGCUGAAGCAGGAGGAUGAGGAUCCGGUCGCGCCACAGGAGCAGUUUGAGGAAGCGCAGGAGCAGUUUGAGGAAGCGCAGGAGCAGCCAGAAACAGAACAGUCUCAGCAGCAGGCGAUCAGUGUAAAAGUGGAGUCAAAGAAGGAGGACGACGCACCGCAGCAGGAAGAGGCAGCAAAUGAACUGACGACCGUGGAAGGUGACCAAGCAGUUCAGGUUAAAACGGAAGACGACCAGCAGACGUCACAGAGCCGCAAACGACCGUACGACGACGGCCGUGGAUACGGAUACUACGAACAUCGGGAAGACAGGAGGGGGCGGUCGCCUCAGCCUCCAGCCGAGGAAGAGGAGGAAGACUUUGAUGAAAACCUUGUCGCUAUCGACACCUAUAACUGCGACCUGCAUUUCAAGGUGGCUCGAGACCGGUACAGUGGCUACCCACUUACCAUUGAAGGGUUUGCAUACUUGUGGGCAGGUGCCCGAGCUACAUACGGUGUUUCCAAAGGACGUAUAUGCUUUGAAAUGAAGAUCAAUGAGGAGAUCGCUGUAAAGCACCUCCCCACCAGUGAGCCUGAUCCCCAUGUGGUGAGAAUCGGGUGGUCUUUGGACUCCUGUAGCACCCAGCUUGGAGAGGAACCCUUCUCCUAUGGCUAUGGUGGAACUGGCAAGAAAUCCUCUAACUGUAAAUUUGAGGACUAUGGAGAGAGGUUUGGUGAAAAUGAUGUCAUUGGCUGCUACCUUGACUUUGAGAGCGGCGAGCAAGUGGAGAUGGCAUUCUCCAAAAACGGCAAGUGGCUCGGGCCGUGCUACCACAUCCCUCGCGAGCAGCUGGCCGAGCGUCCUCUCUUCCCGCACAUCCUGGUGAAGAACUGCGCUGUCGAGUUCAACUUCGGACAGAAGGAAGAGCCGUAUUUCCCCCUGCCGGAGGGCUACACGUUUAUUCAGGAAUUGGCACUGCAUGACCGAAGCAGAGGAACAGUUGGGCCAUCUACCAAAGCAGAGUGCGAGAUCCUAAUGAUGGUAGGACUACCUGGCAGUGGAAAGACCACGUGGGCCAUUAAGCACUCCAAGGAGAAUCCUGAGAAGAAGUUUAAUAUACUGGGUACCAAUGCCAUAAUGGAAAAGAUGAAGGUGAUGGGACUCCGUCGCCAGAGGAACUACGCUGGACGCUGGGACCUUCUCAUCUCGCAGGCCACGCAGUGCCUCAACCGCCUCAUCCAGAUCGCCGCUCGCAAGAAACGGAACUACAUCCUGGACCAGACAAAUGUAUAUGGAUCAGCCCAGAGACGAAAAAUGCGUCCUUUUGAAGGGUUUCGACGCAAGGCUAUUGUAAUUUGUCCCACGGAUGAGGAUUUAAAAGAGCGAACAUUAAAGCGAACUGAUGAGGAAGGGAAGGAUGUACCCGAUCAUGCUGUGUUAGAAAUGAAAGCCAACUUCGUGCUGCCUGAUGCCGGCGAGUUCCUGGACGAGGUGAUCUACAUCGAGGUGCAGCGCGAGGAGGCCGACACGCUCAUCAAGCAGUACAACGAGGAGGGCCGAAAGGCAGGCCCGCCACCCGACAAGCGCUUCGAUAGUCGUCCCGGAGGCUUCCGCGGCCGUGGGUUCCAGCGCUACGAGCACCAGGGCGCUCCACAGGGAACACGAGGCUCAUACCAGAACCGCGGCAGCGCUGGAGGAGCUGGCUACCGUGGCGCUUACAACCGUGGAGGGUACACCCCGAACCGCUGGGGGAACAACUACAGAGAUUCAGGAGGCCGGGGAAGCUACAACCGCACCCCGCAAUCAGGAGGCAGCUACAACCACAACCGCCAGAGCUCCUACAAUAAAGGAGGCAGCGGAGCCAGCAGUAGCUACACUCAGUCCCAGCCUCAGAACUACAGUCAAGGUUACAACCAAGGCAGCUACAGCCAGGGAUACAACUAUGGAAACUACAGCCAGUACCCAAGUUACAGCCAGGGCUAUAACCAGACGCCUGCAGCCACGGGCCAGACGUACAAUCAGCAGCAGCAGCAGCAGCAACAGCAGCAGCAGAACUAUAACCAGCAGUACCAGCAGUACGCUCAGCAGUGGCAGCAGUAUUACCAGAACCAGAGCCAAUGGAACCAGUACUACAACCAGUAUGGAAAUUAUGGCAACUACCAGCAGGGCCAGGGCUCGCAGCAGCAGUAGCCGUAUCCCCCUGUGGCUCUUCCAUAUCAUUCCAUCAGCUCUAUUCUUCAGCCGUUUUUUUUUUUCUUUAAAAAAAAAAAAAAAAAUUAGCCUCUUUCAACUUCAUCCAGUUUCCCUUUUCUCUCAGACCACUCCCCUCGCCCGAAAAGUUUGCUUUUGCUCUCUAACUGCCUCAGUUUUAAAAUUGACCGAAUUUAUUUUGAGCCCCAUUACUAUUGCGUUUUAAUUUCGGAGGCGCUAGUCCGCUUUUGCUUUUGAGGUAUUUCCUAACACGCAUUGACACAUCGAUAAGUAGCAACAUUUAAAGUAGUUUGUUUCAGAUCCUGCACGCGCAGAUUCAUGCUCGGAUGCUUCGUAGUGGGGACGCAUAUAGGUUUGAAUAAUUUUUGAGUUUUGUAUGUCAAAUUUGAAUCGAAAAAUAAAACGCAUUUCGAGUAACCCUGUUUCGAAAUGUUUAACUACAUGUAUGGGUUUCAGAAUGCAAUUGUAUCUAAUACAGGCGAAAAUGGAAAGAUCCUAAAUUUUUCAUAACUUAUAAUGAAUCAUAAAAAGUGAUGGAUACAUGGAUAAUAUUUUAUACCAUUCUUACACGUCUUACUAGUUUCAUGUUUUUUCUCCUUGUAUCUACAAUUUAGUGAGCACUAUGUGGUUGUAAGUUUUUAUACCUUGUACCUUGUUUGUAAAACUAUUGGCAUGUUGUUGUUUUUUUUUUUUUUUUGUUUUUUGUUUUUUUGUCCGAUCAAAGCUCAUUUUUUUGUAUUUGAGAAUAUAAUAUGAAACGAGAAAAAAAAACA